CGCCAUUCCCAACAUAAUAACAUCUUCAUUUUCCUUCCCAGCUGCCGAAUCCGCCCAACCAAAUUAAACAAAACAAAAAAAGGCAGCCAAACCGCCAUUCUCUGGAGCAGAGUGAGGUCUAAGGGAUGAGUAGGAAGAGAGUUUUGGUGGUGGGAGGCACAGGCUACUUGGGCCAACAUGUUUUGCAAGGCUUUUCCGACAUUAAACGACACACCCAAUUCGAUCUGGCCUUCACCCAUUUCUCCGUUCCUCCUCCUCAGGUUUUGCUUGAUGCUCUUCCUCAUUUGCUAGCUUUCAAUGUUGAUCUCAAAACAGGUCGGGGUUUUCAAGCCAUUUCGGAUUCAUUUGGCCAGCCUGAUAUCGUGGUGAACUGUGCUGCGCUCUCUGUGCCUCGAGCCUGUGAGGUUGAUCCUCCUGCUGCGAUGUCUAUUAACGUGCCGUCUUCUGUUGUAAAAUGGUUGUCGAGUUUCAGAGUGAAUAGCACCCUUUUGAUCCAUUUGUCAACUGACCAAGUUUAUGAGGGGGUGAAGUCCUUCUACAAGGAAGAAGAUGUAGCUAUUCCUGUUAAUGUUUACGGGAAAUCGAAAAUUGCUGCAGAGAAGUUUAUUUCUGAAAACUGCUCAAAUUUCGCAAUUUUGAGAAGCAGUAUCAUUUUUGGGCCACAGACAAUCUCACCAGUUCCAAAAUCUCUUCCGACAGAUUUGGGUUCUCUACAAUGGAUGCAGUGGAUGGACGGUGUCCUCUCCAAAGGAAAUACUGUUGACUUUUUUCAUGAUGAGUUCCGAUGCCCGGUGUAUGUCAAGGACGUUGUUUCUACCAUACUAGCUUUGUCAGAAAAACGGAUAUCAGAUGGUAAGAAAAUGCAGUUGCUACUAAACGUUGGCGGACCGGACAGGGUAUCCCGUGUUCAAAUGGCUGAGACGGUUGCAGAUCUCAGAGGCUACAAUAAAUCUUUAAUCAAAUCAGUCUCUGCAUCAUCAGUUGAUCGAGGAGUAAAAUCCCCUACUGACAUAUCCAUGGAUAUCACCAAACUGGUUCAGACACUUGGUAUUUCUCCAAUUUCAUACAGAGAUGGAGUGAGAUUAACUCUUGCAAGCGAGGCCAAUUAGGAGACGUUUGGUAAGGGGAUUCAUACCAUGAUUUGAAUCAUAGUUCAUGGUUCGUUACAAU